AUGCCACCGGCUCUGGACAGGCUCCUCGCCAGCCCGUCAGCCCUGCGACUCCUGCGCUCCAUCGUCAAUGCCCCCGAACUACCCGCAGCCUGUUCCGCGGCGACAAAAUGCUGCCCGCCAGUAGCACGCCGCCGCAACUACUCGACCCAGCCGAAACCGCAACCCAAGCUGAAAUGGAGGCGAAUGAAGGAUGCAAGCGAAGACACGGCAGUCCGAGACCACGUGCUCAAGGUACUCCAGCGUGACGAGUCCAACGAUACUCUCCCGGCCGUAGAUAUCUUCGAAAACGACGUCGUACGUGUAGCGGAAAGGGAAGACGAUCCUGCACAACUCGCCGCUAUCCUUGCAAGCGAAGAGAGACUACACGGGAAAAAGGGUGUCCGCAAUGUCUGGCAGAACUUCCGCCAUCGAGGGUACCGCCUGCCCACGGAAGACACACCCGAUGCCGCAUUCCUAUGGGGAACUUUUGUGAAGAACCACCUGAUCACGGACAAGGCAAUAGAGCACGCCGAGGAGCUGCUUCACGAAACAGGCAAUACAUACCCUGGACUGUACUAUCUGGUCAUGAGCCACUGGCUUCCGAGGAGGACAGCGCUAGCGUUGAGGCAUCACUACGCGAUUCAAAAGCGCUUGAAACCUCAACGGCUUCCCCUGCGGCAGCUGGCACAUUGGGGACGAUCGACUUACAAGCAUGGCGCAUACGAAGCAUUGAUGGAGAUAUAUGAGCACAGCAAUGAGCGGGACCUCUAUGACGAGGUGGUGCCAGCGCUCAUUGAGAAGGAUGACAUAACUGCGGCACGCCGAUGGCAUGCACUUUGCACUCUUCGCAAUGAUAUGCCGUCAGAGUUCGUCGCGUCACAUCCUCUCGUCCAGCUGUUUACCGUCGAGGAUUCAGCUCGUGAGGUCUACUUUGACACGAAAGGGUCGACGAAGAAGUGGAGGCGAGAUGCAGCAAAAUACAAUGAGAACCUUCUGCGCCGCUUGGAAGGCCCCGAUACCGCGCCCGUCCGAUUCGAAGACUCGUUCGUCGCCCGCAUGUUCGCAACGCGUACCUUUCCACCGGCUUCGAUCAUACAAGGUCUCUCUAUGGUGGGCAUUAACGAGAUUGGGCCUCAAGCUGUGCUCACCAUGGCCCUGCAAACACAACCGGUGGAGGAGCUACCUAUGAGGUUCGAAGAGCUCAGGCAAGCAGGUAUUGCCCUGCAGGGCUGCGUCUUCUCUUUGGCACUGGAGACAUUCGCAAUGGAGCAGAAGUGGCAACUGGUGCGCAGUAUGCUGCAAAGUGACCAGCAUCCGGAUGUCUUUGGCGACGUGGAAAUGCAACGCAAGCUGCUCGAGCACUAUCUUGACAACGACGAUCAUGUGCAGGUCCAGCGCACACUUGCCAUUCUAACGCUCUUUCACAAUGACUCUAGUCAAGAGUCUUGGAACCUGCUCUUGCAAGUCUACAUUAAACGCUCUGGACAGAAGCAUGUCGUGGAAGUGCUCCAAGACAUGCGUGCUCGCGGCAUCAUGGUGUCGCCUGAAUCAAUCAUGGCCAUUCGCAGCCUAUUGCGUCGUCGGCAACGAGGACACAAGCCUGUCAGUGACCGAUUCGAUGACUUGCGUUUCGUCGCGCGUGUAUUCGUCAUGAUCCUAGAGAACGGUCUAGCCCCCAUCUCUCCACUCCAAUGGCGCGAGAUCAUACGCAGAUUUGGCAUGGUUGGGAGGUUUAGGGAGCUUAGAAGACUUUUACUCUGGCUUCUUUGCUGGUAUGCACCGAGAAGCAGUUACCAGUUCAGCACGUUGCCAAAAUCACCAUUUCUCGAACCGGCAACAGCGAAACUGCGUGCUGCAUACCCUGAACGAUUCCACUACUUCCACUUCCCAACGACGGUCACACAGCGCGAGAAUCUGUUGCAUCCCGUUCGACAACUGUUCGCUCCCUCCCUUCAGCAAAGUCUCAUCAUCUGGGGCUUCAAAGCCGGACUCCUGCCAAACGCACCUCUCGAGCAGUCCAUGCUGGGCCCCACGCUGGCCAAAAAGCAUUAUCGUCGUCGGUUACUGCAGCGCCGGAUGCUACGCCGAUUAGAGUGGAGCGCAGGUCUACGAAUCGUUGUGCAUCUACGAAAUCUCGGCGUCUUUGUUCACUACCAUACCGUACUCAAAGCCUUGCAGUCGCAGUUCAUAAACAUGUUCGGCCAUGGUCGCUCCAAAAAGAGAGAAAACAGAGUGGUUGAGAGGUCCAACACGCUCCCCUAUGCGCGAUACGUUCACGAGGUCAACAAGAUAUGGGGCAGUCCGCUGCUGCGGGAACCUCAGCUCUUCGGCAAGGGCAUGGUACACGACCACAUGUGGCACCCACGUAUGAGACGGAACAUCAAGCGCAGAGCUUCCAUCAGCCUUGGUGAGAUUCUGGGCCCGAACUGGAGGGACCGCGACACGGAGAGCCACACGGCUGUCAAGCAAGACGAGAAUGUGGCCGUAGCUCAGCUGCAGAAACACUUCAGAAAGCAGGCCAAAGCCAUCGAACCCGGUUCUGAGCCGCAGCCUCCUUCCACCAUAGCCGUCCCGCGCGACCAAAUCGAUAACGGUAAGAAGUGA